CACUCAACUCCAGCACAGAUCUGCUUCAGCAGGGAGGAGUGAAGAGCACUGACAAGACAGUGAUAUAUAUAUAUUUAUAUAUAUAUUUAUAUAUAUAGAAACACAGCUCAAAUGAAGGGGAAAAAGUUCAGAUAGGCAACAGAAACAGGCCAAGAAAGAAGUUAUACUUAAAAGAAACUUUCAAAGACAAGAAGAUAUAAGUGUGGAGAAAGGCAGGGUUAGAGACAAGCAGAGAGUGGAGAGAUAUAUUUCGUUCUAAAAAAGAAUGGGCUCCCUGGUGAGGAGUGCUGUUGCUGUUCUCUUAACCUCCCUGCUGGCUUUACUCUCUGGAUUUUCUGCAGUCUUGGGCCAGGACCUGAGAGAGAGGGAUGUGCUAUGUAAUGCAGACGGCUGCUUUGUGGUUUACCUUCAACGUAAAACCUUCCUGGACUCAUGGAGGGCCUGCAAAGAGAAAGGUGGGAACCUAGCGACCAUCAAAUCUAUGGAGGAGGCCACCGCAAUUGCCACUCUCUUCUCCACUCUGGACUUGCGGCACUCGCGUACCAAGAUCCAAGUAUGGAUUGGCCUGCAGCGCCAGCCUCGCCAGUGUACUACCACACGCCCACUUCGGGGGUUUUCUUGGACUACUGGUGACCAGGACACAGAGUAUACCAACUGGCAGAAAGAGGACUCGCCUAGUAUGUGUUCAGUGCCUCGCUGUGUGGUUAUGGGCUACAGCACUCAAGAACAGAACAAUAACUUCAAGUGGCUUGAUGGUUCCUGCUCAGUCCCUGUAGAUGGGUAUCUGUGCCAUUAUGCUUACAAAGGAAUGUGUCCGUCCUUGUGGAGUGAAGGGGGAGGGAAUGCCCUCUACACAACACCAUUUAACCUUCUCAGCACGCUGCUAACCCAUGUACCCUUUGGAUCUGUUGCCACUGUACCCUGCCCCACAGGUGCCAAGGAGGAACAGUCUGUUUUGUGUAUGCUAAGAGAAGAUGGCUCAGUGGGGUGGUCAAGAGAACCCCCCCUUUGCUCUGAUCCCUCCAUAUCACACAACUGGUGUGACCAGGAUAACGGUGGAUGUGAGCAUUUCUGCAGGCCAGCUGGUGGUCACUUUUAUUGUGAAUGUGCUGAUGGAUAUCAACUAGGAGAUGAUGGCCAAAGCUGUGAGCUAUCUGAUGUUUGUCAAGGGGCCCCCUGCGAGUUUGAAUGCCUGCCCCUUUCCGAUGGUUACCGUUGUGCCUGUCCUGAUGGAUACAUGCUUGCACCUGAUGAACGUGGCUGUCUAGAUGUAGAUGAGUGCCUCCAGAGUCCUUGUGAGCAGCUCUGUGAAAAUGCUCCUGGGACAUUUGAAUGUCGAUGUCGGGAGGGUUAUCAUCCAGAUCAAGCGGGUGGCUGUGAGGAUAUCGAUGAGUGUAUGAAUGACCCAUGUGAACAUGCUUGUGAGAACACUGUCGGCUCUCACAUCUGCCACUGUCAUCUUGGAUAUUCCCAAGUGCAUGAGGACCCCAGCCAGUGCCAAGAUAUUGAUGAGUGCCAGAUCCCUGGGACCUGCCAGCAGAUGUGUGUGAAUUAUGAUGGUGGAUUUGAGUGCUACUGCGAGGAAGGCUAUGAACUCAUGUCUAAUCAGUACUCUUGUCAAAAGAGGGGAGGAGGAGACAGUCAAUCUGCUGUCACCCCUCCAUUUCCUUGGGUCACUCACCAUCCUGGACCUGUAUGGGACCCCAUGGACUAUGACUGGAACACGGAGCAAAGCCACACUGGCUGGCCUACAGGGGAGGAGCAAUCUCUGGACUGGCUGACCGAUCCACCCAGAGAUUUGAAUUCUGAUGUAAUUUGGGUCACCAGUGCCCCACAGGAGGAAGUGCCCUUUGAUUCAGCAGUGGACCCUCUGACACAAGGAAAGGACAAAGAUGAGGAAGACAUAGAUGGAGUUGACUGGUUAGAGUGGGAACAGAAUUCUCAGUCUCUGUCAACAACCACCUACACAAAGCUUCCACCCACCACCAGUACCAGCACUACUCCAGACUGGUACACAGACGAUGAGGAGGAAACUACUACAGCUCUUCCCUCCCUUUCCACUUCUACAAUCUCUGAAGGUGCCUGGCAUUGGUGGGCCGGGCAUGUUACUUCCAGCCAGAAUCCAGGAAAUCCAGAGGAUUCAGUCACAGACCACAACAUGCCUACAGAUUCCAGCGACCACAAUAAGCCAGAAGAAGAGCAACAGUACCCCACUAGAGAGAGCUCUAAAUUCCCAAAGGAGGAUUUAGGGGAGGAGGAAAAAGACUAUGUGGAAAUCACACACUCUCGAGGUCUUGUUGUUCCCACCCAGUUUAUUGCUUCCCAGCCACCACCGAGCAAAGGUGAAGGGAGUGGUGACCCCCUGGAUUCUGUCCAGGAAGACCGGGGGCAGAAACAGAGCAGCACCUGGCUGCUGGUGGGCCUUCUUGUGCCCAUCUGCAUCUUUAUCGUGGUGAUGGUGGCAUUUGGUAUUGUUUACUGUACCCGCUGUGCUGUUCAGCCACGCAACAAGAAUGCCACUGACUGCUACCAUUGGAUCUCUGGGGCUCAUGAUAAACAGGGGGCUCCUAACCCCUCAGCUGGGGUCAAGACCCAUGUUUAAACAGAGAAGAGAGAGACUGACAUAAACAUAUACAAACUCUGUUUUAGAAAGCAAGAGUGAAUAAUGAUCAGGUAACAAGCAAGUAAAAUGUUUUACCCUCUCCUUUUGGGAGCUCCCGACUCUUGGAGCAUUUUUGAAUAGCUGUUAUCAACAGAUAGAGGUAAGGAAGAGACACUGGAAACCACUGACCUUGUAAGGAAUGGGGUUUCUUUGUGGUAUAAACUGCUUUGAUGUUACAUACACUGACCACACAGCACAAUAUCUGUUUGCUUCAUGAUUGCACUAGAUUACAUAGGUUGAAAAUAUUCCAGUCUUCAUUAGUAAUGUCAAACAUAUUUGCUAAUUAUUGAGAAUAAUGUGUGUCAUUAAUUAAUUUCAGCCUUUUUAAAAUCAUUGUACUGAUGGAAAAGAAAUCUGCAAUUUUGAGGUAAACUUGACUAUGAGGUCUUUUUCAAGCAAAAUCUUCAUGCUCACUUCACUUCAAUAGCAUAUCACUGUACAUAACUGUUCCUGUUGACUGUGUUAAAGGGAUUUGGAGGCGUGGUUGGUUCUCAUCAACACUGGGCGAAAGGAGACUGUAAGCAAAUAUCCCUUCAAGAGAAAAAAGAGAUUAUGCAAUUCCCAUGAUAAUGCUGGGCAAACAAUCAUUGAAAAUCACUGUGUUGGAGCAGAAUUAUUAAUAAGAGACCAAAACCUUCUUUGUAUAUAGUGGUUGUUUUGUAUUUAUGUUUCUUUUAUACUUGCCACUAGUCAUUUGCUUUUAGAAAACCUAACAGUUAUAAUAAUUCAAUGACAAAGCCUUUUUAUGGACCCCAUAAACCCAGUGAUAUGCAGAGGAAUGUCUGCCUGCACAUGGAAUCUUUCCCCCCACCCAUGUCCAGUUUAAGAGCAUUACUCCUGUCUUUUCUUUUUCUUUUUUUCUUUUUUGAAAAGAGGUUAAAGUGCAGAUGUUCACACAGCAUAGGGAAUAGUUGUAGAGGAUGGUGCUUGACAUUGACCUUGUUUGUAAGUGGCCAUCAGUCACUACUAGGAACCGUAAUUCACUAUCCCACUCCAGAAAUGUUUUAUGGCUUUGUUGGAUCAAAUCCAGCUGUGAACAGACUGUUGCCUUUGCAGAUGUAUCUUCAAAUAUUUAGCAACUUAAAAAGGCAGUCAAAAGAGUAGUCUCAAAGAUUUCAGAUCACAGAUUGAAAAUCAUAAAUAACAAUAACACAUUAACUGUAAGAUGUGCUAACAAAGAAAACACAAAUAAGCAACUUCAUAGAUAAAUGGCUGGGGAAACAAGUGGCAUUUCAAAUUUAAACAUGAAAUAUUUGAUUUUUUUUUUAAUAGACUGUGAACUAUUGGAAAAUAUCUGAUGUUUUUUUUCUGUUACUUGUUAAGAAUUUGUGAAUUAAAAACUAUGACGGGGGUUCAGUGUGAACAUGUAUUAUUGAUCUUAGAAAUAGUAGUUUGACAAAGCUAUGCCUUAACUCAUGGGCUACUUCGUAGCUUUUAAAGAGAGCUUUUAACCACAUGUCUAUUUUUUAGUUGUCAUGGAGAUAGUUCAGUUGCUAUAACAACUAUAAACUGUUAUCUGUUUUAGAUGAGUGCAAUGAAAAGCAGUGGAAAGCUCUGAGAAAAGCUACUAUGUUGACCAUGAAGUAAAAAUAGGCAAACACAUGACAAGGGAUUUCAUGUAUGACACAGAUGUGUUCGUUCAUGCACUUGUUUGAUGACAUCACUGCCCUAAUCUGUAUAUCAUUCUUCGUUUAGAAACUCUUAAGCAGCAGUACAUGAGGAGUCACCUUCUCAGGAAAGUGGAGGAAUGAAUGUGGGUGGAGGGAGGGGUGGGUGUGUGACAAUAAGGAUACUGUAAUUACAAAAAGGGCCAUGAUCCUCAGUGGGCCCUUUGUUUGUAGAAGGGAUUUUUACAGAAAAUACAACAGGAUACUUGAGUCCCUAUUGGCAGUAAGGAAGCAUUGUGAUUGUAUUGACUAAUGGAAUGUGCUGAUCAAAACCAGGUUCUGCUCUGUGAGUGGUUCUCAGAGGGGGUCUUUCUCAUUCUCCCUCCUCUCUCUCUCACUGUCUCUCUCCCCCUCUGACCUGUUUUCAACAUUGUCAUGUCUUCAGCAGCUCUUAGUAUACAGACACAAUCCAGUCGCCAGGGAGCAGAGCUGCGCUCAUCUCUUUGGUAACCCUCGCUAAAACUUUCAAAUAUUUUGACUUCAGUUGAUGUAUAUUAUAAACAAAACCGGUCGUAUUUUGGUGGGCCUGUCCAUUAUUUUAGCAUAUCAAUAAUAACGCUGUGCUCAACAAGUUAUUUGCAGAGAUCUGAGAACAUGGUGCCGUCACUAAAAAGAAGUCCAUUGGGCCAACAAAGAGAUAAACAAACCCCAGGUUUACCAAACACACCCUGAGAAAUUAAAGUUGAAGCGCCAACUAUCAAAACUGUCUAUUGCCGCCAAACUUUAAGGCAAUAAAACUAAAGUAAACUCAGGAAGAAUUAUCUUGUAAGAUAAUUUAACUUAAUUUCUCAAGUUAAACUGAGUUUGUGCAACUUUUUUUUGUUUUUAAACUGUCAAUUCUUUAUGAAUUAAAGUAACCUUGUUACUUCAUUGUAAAUUAGAGUAAUGUGUUAUUUUAGACCCAAACAAUUCAGAAAUUUCACUUCUGUUUAUGUACUCUUAAGUUACAAUACCUUAAAUCUGUGUGAUGUAUCCACUUGAAGUUCUACUUUACCUUCAGGACAGUUUUUGCUGUACAGUUAGUGAUCACAAACAUAUUAAUGACUACUGUGACUGACAGAAGAACAUCAGAAGGUACAGGUAGUGUGUGCAGACUUACCUUCUUUGUUGACAGUGAUGACAAUUUGUGACUCAUCAUGUAUUAAAAGACAUAUAACAACCUC